UAUGUGGAAUAAUGGCAGGCAUGUAGACCAUUUGCCCGACACAAUAUCUCGGCAAAUUUACGAACAUUGAUAUAUUAUUUGUUGGUACAAUUCGGUGGUUCAUUCCUUCACUAGGAAGAUGUUCGUAGAUAAGUGGCUUACUUUUCAUGCAUCCAUGAUUGCAAUUGUCUGUUCUGUUCAUGUUUACGCCGAUGAAGUAAAGAAAUGUUACUGCUCAAAUAAGUAUGGCAUCACAAUGAGAUCACCUGGUCAUUCAUGUGAGGAAAUUUUGCAACACCAUGCCAAACGCAGCGAGAGUCGCUCAAAUGGAAUAUACUGGAUAUCUCUUGAGGAACGAGGCAGCAGAAAUAUUGAAAACGCUUUCCCAGUGUUUUGUGAUAUGCAAGUUGGAGGGUGGACUUUGGUAUUUAAAACGGUAUCUGGAGAACCUCUAAGAAGUAUUACGUCAAUUUGGAAUGGGACAAAUUUUCCUCAAGAAUUUUCCACGGCAGCCUUGAAUAAAAACGCUGAUUUCAAAAUAGACUAUAAAAACAGAAUUGCAAAUUUUACUAAUUGGCGUAUUUUUGGCCCAAAAGAGGCACGAGUGGUGUUGUAUAAGAAUGGCGAAGAACAAAUGGUUAUGCGAUUCAACGCUUCUUCAAGUACCUAUUUGGACUGGUUUUCCCAGCAAAGGCUUCUUGAAUCACCAUGGAAUGACCUAGCUAGUUCAACGCCUAAACUCUUUGUUAUUAACGGUCUUUGUAUUGCGGAAAAUGAAUGCAGAGCUUUUCAAAUCAUUGAUGACUAUGAAACGUGCGAAGUCGUUGUAGGAUGGCUUGUGUUGUCUUCACUGCGCAGUAGAGGCUGCGAAUUGGAAAGAAGAUUUCCUGGAAAUUCUUUCAUAUUUAGUAAGCUUGCCACGAAAGUCAAUUACACCCAGUAUAAUGAUGUCAGUGGUGACUCAGAUGUGUUUGCCGUUUAUGUGCGUUAGUUUCGAAAUACUCGUCAUAUGUUCAAUUAUGAAGACAAGCGUCGUUACAACGUAUGCUGGCUGAAUGUUGGUCUGUAGAAUGGCAAUGGAUCCAGCGUUUUUAUAAAUAAUAUUACUACAUAGCUAAUUGCCUCAACUAUUGUGAUUACAGGGAACUUUAUUCAGCUCAUCCCAGUCAAAAUUAUGUGGUGUACUGCAUGUUGCUUAGUAUAUACAGGUGCAAGUCAAAGUUAUUUAUAGAAUUUACUAAUGUAUAAUCACUUCGUAGAAAACUUCGCUCUGAACUCAUUUUGUUGUCGGUUGAAGCCCAUGGAACCAGCAUUUUCCCUUUGAAGAGCAAUUUUAAUCCAUAAGCCAGUUAUUACGAAGGGAACUUGCCGUAGUUCCAACUUCUACCAUGUCAUAAGCACUAAGUUUAAAAGGUCAUUGUCUUUCCAGCCUCUUUAACUGUUUAACCCCUUCCAGCAAGCGGCAAGCGUAAGUGUGCAACUAUGCAAAUAUAUUGUUAAAGACCCUGGUAUCAGCAACCUCGUACCCGGGGUGUGAUAUGGGUCAUUAAUGGGCUGGUUAACCCCGACCCGCGUUCUUUGCCCAUCGAUAUUCGCUUGGCUUUAUGUAAAACCACUACUAACCUUGCCGCAGAAGCCAAUUAUACCAGCCUUAUUACUAGGUGAUUUAUUUCUAAAAUGAGUAAAGUUGUUUCUAGUAUAAUGAGUUAUUUAAAACAGAGUUUCGAUAUGGUUUCUUCUGUAUAAUAAAAAAUACGAAGUGUCCAAAUGAUCACAAAUUGACAAAUUGUCAUUGACAAUUUCCUGGUUUUUUGCGGUAGCGACCGAAAUCAAACGGAAAGUAUCACGGAAUGACGUCACUUUAUACUUUUGAUUUCCUUAUACUCCUCUUGACUUUCGAUCAGCAUAAACAAUAAAUGAAUGACACCCAAGUAUGCUCACGUCUGGUUCAUCACGGACUGGCAAGACUGUUAUUAUAUAACAAGUUAUUACAUAACGUGAUUAAAAAACCUUUCAGUUACAUUCCGCUCCGUCUUUCGUUGAGGUGACUGGUUAUCAAAGACAGCCGAAUACACCGAACUGCAUAAGGUACUUGUUAUUGAUUAGCAUAAUUCUAAUUCUCAAGACCUGAUCAAGACCUGUUUAUACGUCUCUUACGUACGAAUGUAUUUAUUAGAAUUAUAGAAUAUAUUAAACAACAACAGUCAGUACUAAACUGUAGCGCGUUGACUGAAUUAUUUCAGUCAAAUAGCAUUGUUAUGUGUAGAACUAUAACAUAUACGCGCAGGCUUGACCGGAUAUUUCUUUCAGAACACAAUUCUGAUAAUGUUCCGUUUGGAAUACAUUGUAACUGUGCAGAGAUGAUAAAACUGUAUAGUUUCUGUCUUAUCUUGUAUGAAUUGCGUUCGUCACGUGAUAACAACGACGU